AAGCUAAAUUAUCCUGCUAUCACGUAACACAGUUACGAAAAUAGCCCCAAAUCAGUUUCUCCAAGUCCCCUACGCGGAACGCAGGAAUCGCCCAAGGCAGAGUGAGCAAUCAUCAGUCAUCACUCAUCACCGGCUACCAAGAUUUUCACUAACACCAAAGCUAAACAAAUCUGAGUGAGCUCUUACGAUGGCUCCUGUUGCUCCUCGAUCUGGCGAUUCGAUAUUUGCUAACAUUGAACGUGUUAACGCGGAGCUAUUUACUCUGACAUAUGGGGCAAUUGUGCGGCAAUUGCUUACAGAUCUGGAAGAAGUUGAGGAAGUCAACAAGCAGCUAGAUCAGAUGGGUUAUAAUAUUGGAAUCCGUUUGAUUGAUGAGUUUUUGGCUAAAUCUAAUGUCUCAAGGUGUGUUGAUUUCAGAGAGACAGCUGAUGUCAUUGCAAAGGUUGGUUUUAAAAUGUUCCUCGGUGUUACCGCAUCCGUGACCAAUUGGGAUGCUGAAGGAACUUGUUGUAGUAUUAUUUUGGAAGACAAUCCUUUGGUGGACUUUGUUGAGCUUCCUGACAACUAUCAAGGUCUGUACUACUGCAACAUAUUAAGCGGAGUCAUUAGAGGAGCCUUGGAUAUGGUGUCAAUGAAGGCUGAGGUGACUUGGCUACGUGAUGCGCUUCGAGGUGAUGAUGUGUUUGAGUUGCAAGUAAAACUUCUCAAGCAAGUUCCAGAAGAGUAUCCAUAUAAGGAUGAUGAGUAAUUUUCUGUUUUGUAAUGUUGUACUUCAUCAUCCCAAGUAUUAGAUUAUUAUCUUUCUACCUUGUGUGCAUUUUGACAAAACUUUAAUACAAUAGAGAAUCUAUAAUUAAAUCAUUAUGAUAUUGGGAUUUUAUAGAUUCUUAAA